UUUAGGACUCCUCCCAUAUCGGAAACUCAGGUAUCAAAAUGAUCUCCGAGAUUCCCUGUCGUAAUUACGACUUGAGGUGUCGUUCAUAUGCAGCUUCCGAGUGGAUAAACUCGUAUUUACGAUAAUUCCGAUAGCACGUGAAGGCAGCAUAAAUACUAGUGUUGUAGAUGCUGUUCUCUUCUCUACGGGACUCGAGACAUCCGUAUGAAGUUCUUUGAUGGUGAUCUGGCUACUAGUGCUCAAAGUUAGCUCGUGGGAUAAAGCCAGAAAUAACUCGGCGCAAAUCUCGUGCCAGAGCACUGAUCGAUCAUCGCGAGCUCUGCGUGCGACCCUCAAUCUUGAUAUGUGUUGUUUUGGGGUUCUUUUCGGUUGCAAGUUGUUUAGACUUGUUAAUCAGGUUCUGCCAUUUUAGACUUCCUUUAAUCUAAUAUAUGGCUGUAUAAUAUAUAAUGGUUUUGAGCUGUUAAGAGUAUUGCAUGUGAUAAAUCAAAUGGUAAUACAGUAGAAGAGGAGAGCGAACCUGUAACCCUCCCUGAUGCCAUCUCAAUGCGAGGUAACCUGCUAACAUAGCUCAAAACAUAUCCACCCAACUGCUGGGUGUUUUGUUGGACUAAAGGCGCCCAAGGUGGACACAUGUCGAUAUUUGUCACCCUGUAUUAUUGUGUAGAGAGAAUGUUUUCUCAGCUGUCUUGAGAUGUGGCCUGUCUCUGAUUGAUAAUCAUGGGAGGAUGCGUGGGGAGAGAGCGCGCGGAGUCACGCGGACACGGCGCGAGGACUCAAAGGAAACGUGGAGGUCGUAAUGAGCCCCUGAAGAAAGACAAGCCAAAGUGGAAGAGCGACUACCCCAUGACGGAGGGGCAGCUCCGCAGUAAGAGAGAUGAAUUCUGGGACACCGCUCCAGCGUUUGAGGGACGGAAGGAGAUUUGGGAUGCCCUGAAAGCUGCUGCUGUGGCUUUGGAGUGUAGUGAUCACGAGCUGGCUCAGGCUAUAGUGGAUGGAGCCAGUAUCACAUUACCACAUGGCUCCCUGACUGAGUGUUAUGAUGAACUUGGCAACCGUUACCAGCUGCCGGUAUAUUGCCUUGCCCCACCUGUCAAUCUGAUUACAGAGAGAAGUGAGGAAGACCUGUCAGACAACCCCGAGCCUCAGAUAGCACAGAAGAAAGAGUUCCAGUUAAAGGUACGGCUCUCAACCGGCAAAGACCUGCGCCUGAACGCCAGCAUGACUGACACCAUUGGCCUGCUAAAAAAGCAACUGCAGGCUCACGAGGACAUUGAUGUGGCCCACCAGCGCUGGUUCUUCUCUGGGAAGCUCCUCACAGACAAAACCCGCCUACAGGACACCAAGAUCCAAAAAGACUUUGUUAUCCAAGUCAUCGUGAACCAACCGUCAACACCAAACCACUAAGGCAUAGCUGACGAAUUACGAAGAGAUAAAUGACCAAACUAUUGCAGUUACGGUAGAAGAAAAAACGUAUCAAACACAAAGCAUUUUGCACAGAAAUUAUUAGAGAACCUCAAGAGGAAAAGGAGAGACUCCAUACACUGCUUCUCAGUGUCUUUCUCUACCACGAAAGAGCUAAAUGAAUUAUUGAAUAAAAAAAUGGGUUCCUGGUGGCAUUUCGGAGGGAAAACUGAGUGCAUUGUGUCCUUCAAGUCAAGCAUCAUAGGAAAACAAAUAAACCAACCUAACGGAUUGCAUCUGUGCUGGAAUAUAAACUUAAAAGCACACUGAUUUCAGUUCCUUGACUAUGCAUAUUCUGCACAGCCUAAUUCUCUAAAGGGUUUGGUUUACUGGACCUACCUGUUUAUGGUUCUCUGAAAGUGAUCUCAACUUUUUGUUCGGUUAUUUUGAUUUAGUUCUUAAUAGUAAGAUAAUGUAACCUGAGCUUCAUUUUGCACACUUCAAAAAGUAUCUUCGUAUAGUAGUGCCUUGAUAGAGUGAGAGUAGGUGAUUCUCAAAUUCUGUUUUUAUUUAGCUUGUAAUGCAUAUUUAGCCUGGAGAUGGUUUUGAAUCGUAAUUUUUUUUUUUAAACACAUGCUUUGUGUUUUAUAGCUGAUGUCCUUGAGCACAACCCUGUACUUGCUAUGCAAUCUUAAAACAGUUAGGGGAAAAAAAAACACACAGAUUUAAUUAAUUUCUCAACAGAUAUAUGUAGUCAAUCUAAAUUUUCUGGCAUGUUUUAUACAGGCACAUUAAAUUAAUAGUGAUGCUACAUAUAUUGUAAUUUAAGAGCAUCUCCAUCUCCUAAAACAACUGAAUCUCAGUGCCCGUCCCUGUAGAUGACGGAUCAUCUUAGAUGAAACUGUAUUGCUGCCUCUUAAAGAAUGAUUGGAGAUGCUCUAUCAAUUUCAAAGGCUGUCUGACUUCCUCCAUGUUAAGUAUCUGUUCCUCUUUUGUAGUAGUGUUAUGUUGUAAGUGCUCAGGCUGCAAUCAAAACUGAAUAUUGUGAAUAUUUUUUCUGUUUUAUAUUUUGUAAUUUCUUUAUUCAGCUUAUUGUAAACAAUCUAGAAUAACACUUUUUUUUCCCUUUCUUAAACCAUCAUCAUCAGUGGCAUUACAAGCUGCAAAAAAGCUGUGGAGCAUUUCAUUUAUCAUUUUAAGUAUGCGUUCAUAACAUUUCAUAAGCAUCUGUUUAAAGAAGGAAGCCCUGAAUCAUGUUCACACAUCUCUAAACAUUCAAUCCUUAAUGUGCAUUCUUGUUAAUCCGGAGGAAAAGGUAUUUUUUUUUCCUUUACUAAUUUGUAACGGUUUUCUGUUCCUGAUUAGAUUGUGGUGUCAUUCUCCACACACCCAACAUCAGUUAGAAAUCACUUAUUACCUCAACAGCAACUGUUCCUCAUAAGUCAGAGUCCCCAGAGUGCUGGUUUGUUCAUCAAACGUGUCUCUUUUUCUCUCAUUUAACUCUCUGCAACAUGACAUUCAUUGCUGUAUUUAUAAAAUGAUAAACAUUUAAUUUGGAUUUACCUUUUGAUGGAUGGGGGGAAAAAAAGAUCUAUAAUAUUGCAAAAUGCACAAGUUUCGGUUUCCUCCAAACUUGCAUCAUACACUGCUUGGCCAAAAAAAAAAAAAAAGUUGCAUACUCUAAUAUCUCGUUGGACCGCCUUUGGCUUUGAUUACGGCGUGCAUAUGUCGUGGUAUUGUUUUGACAACCCUAUGCAACGUUACAACAUUUAUUUCCAUCCAGAGUUGCAUUAAUUUUUGGUCGAGACCUUGUAUUGAUGACGGGAGAGUUGAACCACUCCGUAAAGUCUUCUACAGCACAUCCCAAAAUCUGUGGUGGCCAAUUCUUGUGUGAAAUUGAUUCCUCAUGCUCCCUGAACCACUCUUUCACAAUUUGAGCACGAUGAAUCUUGGCAUUGUCAUCCUGGAAUAUGCCCAUGCCGUCAGGGAAGAAAAAAAUCCAUUGAUGGGAUAACCUGGUCAUUCAGUACAUUCAGGUAGUCAGCUGACUUCAUUUUAUUGAUGCAUAACGUUGCUGAGCCUAGACCUGACCAACUGAAGCAACCCCAGAUCAUAACACUGCCUCCAGAGGCUUGUACAGUGGGCACUAUGCAUGACGGGUUCAUCGCUUCAUGUGCUUCCCUUCUUACCCUGACGCGCCCAUCGCUUUGGAAUAGGGUAAAUCUGGACUCAUCAGACCACAUGACCUUUUUCCAUUGCUCCACAUUCCAAUCUUUAUGCUCCCUAGCAAAUUGAAGUUGUUUUUUCCUAUUAGUCAAGUGGCUUUCUUGUGGCCACACUGCUGUUUAGUCCCAAUCCUGUAAGUUCUCGUCGCAUUGUGCAUGUGGAAAUGCUCUUACUUUCAUUAUUAAACAUAGCCGUGAAUUCUGCUGUCGUUUUUUUUUUUUAACGACGUGACUUCGAUCACGAUUAUUAAAGAUUUUUUUCCAACCACAUUUCUUCCGCGAAGCUGACGGUUCACCAGUAUCCUUCCAGGUUUUAAUGCGUUGGACAGUUCUUAACCCAAUUCCAGUGAUUUCAGCAAUAUCCUUAGUUGUUUUCUUUGCCUGUUACAGGCCAAUAAUUUGCUUCUUCUGAAACACAGUAACAUCUUUUCCAUGACCAUAGGAUACGUCUUCCGACAUGUUUGUUUAAGAAAUAAGAAGCUACCCACUGCAUCAGUUAGGGUUAAAAGGAUUGUUGCCAUGCAGCUGAUACAUAUUAAUCACUGCAAUAAUAAUCCCAUCAUAGGCUCUUAAUUAUCUGCUUAUUUAAAUCCAAAUGGUGGUGACUUUUUUUCUUUUUUUUGUUUUUUUUUUUGGCCAGGCAGAAUAUUACAUUAAAGGAAUAUUCAUGGUUUAAAAAAGGACUUGGCUUUAUCAACAGCAACUGUAGUGUCAGUUAUCACAGAAAAUAAUUUUGGCUCGUGUGUUGCCAUUCAUGCACUAAAAAAUGAAAGAAUCCCAGUGUAAGUGAUUUUGUUUUUGGUUUGUUUUUUAUCGUUACUAUAGUUUUUGUACUGAUGGAUGAGUGAAAAUCAUUACAUUAUUACAGUACACCAAAGAUGCUGUUGAUAGAACUUUACUAGAGUACGUACAAUUGUUUGACACACACGCAGUAGACCUCAACCCUUAACACACAAACCUCAAUAACGGUGAAAAUCAACAAACCAAAAAGUUAAGAUGAGCUUCUAAUAUCACCACACAACAACUGGCUAACAACAAUAACAUCAAAUCAGCAAGCAGCAAAAUAUAGGCCUUUAACCACAUCAUUUACAUUGCAAAGCAUGCUGGGAACUUGCAAAUCAGCAAUAUUGUUCAAUAUAAAAUUGUUUGUUUAGACAGCUCUGUUUGGCUAACUGAGACAACAUUUGGGGCAAUAUUGUUGAAAAUUACUGCUUUAUUUUGCAAAGCAUACUGGGAACUCACAAAUCAGCACUAUUGUUCAAUAUGAAAUUGUUUGUUUAGACAACUCUGUUUGGCUUGUUGGGACAACAUUUGGGGGAAUAUUGUUGGUCUACAUGUUUUCAUGUAGAUGCAAAGUAAUUCAUAUAUUGUAGUAUCUGUGACAAUAAAAUGCUAUUUAAUUUUU